AUGCAACUUAGCCCAUUGCAAUCGCGGCUGGCAGCAUCUCUGGUAGCCUCCUGCCUUUUGCUCGUUAUCUAUGUCAUUCUACUCUCUCCACAAUUCGCCCUCGCUGUCGAGUUCGAUCCUGUAAUCGCCGACCAUGACGUGCACGAAUUGUCAUACGAAGAGCUCGAUGUUGUGGAUAUAUCCGAGGCCUUAGACCUUAGAGGUCCAGCGUACGAGCCAGACUUUGCGCUAUUCGACCGAAGCAUCAUAGGAAGGGUACCAGGUAGUGCGACUGUCAUGGCCAACAAUGAAAUAAAAAAAUCCAAUCUCGCCCCUGGCGCUACGAUGGCGUAUGUCUUCCAAGCUUCGUCAGUCACUAGCAGAGCAGCGAGGGACCCAAAUGAGUCGCUGGAGCUUCGAAGAAGUUUGAAUGAAUCACAAGCACCGGCUGUGGAUAGGGACGAAGAUCAGAAUGAGGAUGGCGGUACUAUCAUUAAGCCAGAACUUACACGUCGGAAAGAGACAACUGAAACAACUAAAGCAACGACAGCAGCUAAAACGUUGUGGAUAUCCGCGAAUACUUGCCUGCAACCUGGGCGCCGUUCAUCAGAUCGAACAGCUCCGGAUCCUCCGCAACUCACUCUUUACGUUUCGACAUCGCCUGAUAAUACUUCUCCGGGGCCGCAGCAGAGCAACAAUACACAGAAAGUCAUCGCUUUUACGGAGGGGGCUGUUAUGUUCAACACAUCUAUAGACAAGGAUGUCUACUUGAGCAUUUCUGCCCCAGACGUCUCGGCCGAGCAAUUUGAUACUUCACGCGAAUAUAAUUUCGAACUCGUCGCUUCUACCGAUCAGUAUUACUUUUCGUUUCACGGUAAUCGUACCGAUCUUGAUCUUGUAUGGGUUGACAGCGACGCCUCGGCGGCUCUACUACAAACCGGGUUUCUGAACAAUGUGACGAGUCAAGUGAUCACGACGCCACCGUAUGUCAUGUUCGCACAUAACGACAACAAUGUGGACAUCAAAGGGCUACGUAACUCUUAUUGCGGUUUAAGUUCGUAUGCUCAGAUUAGGUAUCUUGCAGAUGGAAGUAGCGGAGCGAUGACGGUAGGGUUGAAGAACGGAGGAGAAGAUAAUUUGACCCGGCAGGAGUUCUACGUUAGUGGUCUUAAUGCUAGCUCUAACUACACAGCUAUCCUUGCUCGUCCGCCGGUGAAGAGUCUCCAAACGCGCCAGGAAGAAUCUUCGACUAUAGGUGGUGGCGCCAUAUUCCGACCGACUGUUUUUUCAACCAAACCUAAUGGCGCAUGUACGUUUAUCUUCAACCUCACCUUUUGCGAACAAACCCAAUAUGCUGUCCCUGGGAACUUGAACACGUUUCCCAACGCUACGGCUCUUGGAAAUUUUUAUGAUGAAUACGUACGGUCUAUGUGGGACAAUUUCGAUAAAGUUCUGCAGCAGACUCCUUGCGAGGCUGCUUCAACUGCCCGAUACUCGUUAGCCAGGGGCUGCGAGGAUUGCAAGACUUCGUAUAGGAGAUGGCUCUGUUCGGUGGCAAUUCCUCGUUGCGAGGACUUCUCAACACCCGACCGACGCUUCCUUCAAAUGCGCAAUAUCGCGGCUCCUUUCCCAAAUGGAACGACGGUGGAUGAGGAGAUAUUGAAGAAACACGGGGAUCACAAGGCUUUCAAUUCGUCUCGUAACCCUAAGAUUGACGAAGUUGUCCAGCCAGGCCCGUACAAGGAGUUGUUGCCCUGCGAAAAUUUGUGUUACGAACUAGUCCAGAGCUGUCCGGCUUCGAUGGGAUUCAGUUGUCCUCGACCGUGGAGCAAGUUUAGCUUCGAAACUAGCUAUGGACAAAAGGCGAUGGACGAUAGUUUGUCGUGUAAUUACCCCGGGUCUGCGCAUUUCAUAGGAGGCGCAGGCAUGCUUUCCCCCUCUUGGGCUGGUCUUGUCGGCGUAAUUGGCAUACUUUUAACGACACUUCACAUGGUUACUUCUGCGCCUUCUCGAGCUGCUCUAUCCUGGCCUCGAGAUCGGAGAUGGUGGCUGCGGUUUACUCAUGUUAGCUCGGCGGGGUCGACGGAAGUAGUAGGCCACUUGGUAUGUGAAGACGGCGACGAGGAAUACCUUGGCGAUGGGCCGCCCGAAGGUCUUGUAGAAUUGCGCCUGGGAGAGGAGAGGUCAGGUGAGCUUCUCUUCUCUAAGGUGCGGGAUAAAGAUGACGGGGCCGCUUGUCCUACGGGCGCGGGUGAAGACGAGGACGAGGACGAGGACGAGGAGAAGCGUGCCUGUGGACGCUGCAGUUGUUGGAGGGGGGUAGGAUGGCGCGCUGUGAAGGUGCGGAAGGGCGCGAGGUGUCUCGCCGUUCGGGGGAGCAUCGCCCAAACUCUCGAGCAGCGAAGGCGAAACGCCAAGUUCACCAAGGACCAGAACGCCCGUCGCGGCAAGGCGGAGACUGACAUCAAGAAGCACACCAAGGGCGUGCAAAAGUCGCCUAUUUCCCCCUUCUGGCUUGGUAUCCUCGCCUUCAUCGUCUUCGGCGGUCUCAUAUUCGAGCUCAUCUCGCGCAUCUUCUUCCGAUGA